GAAAUCUUUCACUUCCACUCCACACACCAACUCCGGCUGGCUUGAGCCCACACAGCUCAAGGCGGCUCGGCCGCCGCCAUUGGCCGGGGCGCCGUGCCCGCAGGGCGGACUCCUCGCCUUGAUUGGCCCGAGGGGGUGGUUCGUUAGCAGGCGGAGGCGGCGGCCGGUGUGCGCAGGUGGUUGCAGCGGGAGAAGAAGUUCCCUGGGCGGGUUAAAGGUGUAGCCAGGGAAGCCUAACUGGUCCGGGUAUGGGGGGUGGAUGUUUCAAAAAUGCUUAGAGCGGCGCAGGAAAGGGAGCCCACUGCGGCGUGGUGCAGGCCGUUUCAGGUCGGGUCGGCAGAACCAGCACCAAGCCGGGGUGAAAUGAUAAGCAGCAACAUUGCAACAGGUUAUAGGUCAGCUGCUGGGGACAGUGGGUCCUGCAGGGGUGCCCAGCGCCCAGCAGAGAUGCAGAAACUCCUGACGGAAUUCAGGGCGUUGUACCACGAGCGCCUUCGACGAAUUGACCAGUCACAUGAGGGCAGGGAGGAGACGCUGCAGCUGAAGACUGAGGUGCUGCAGUCAUUUGUUCGAGACCUGAGUGAACAGAAUGAGGUUCUGAUCCAAACACUGGAUGAGCUGGAGAGCGUCUCUGAGGAACGAGUGAGCAACCUGCACAAAGAGCUGCAGGCUUGUGUCUCAAGAUUAAAAGACGGAGAGGAGGAAAACCAUGCUCUGCGCAUGACAAAGGACAAUAUGGAGCAGGAGAUCUUGGAUCUUCGGUCAAGACUGAGCUCCACAGAGGACCAGAUGCUGCUGGUGAAAUCUGGUGGAACCAUGCGCCACAGCAGUAAUUGUCGCCCAUCUUUGGCUCUGCGCCCGAUGCCAACAGAGCACCCUCCGGGAACCACGGCAACGCUCCCCGGCACCCCCUCGGGGCAAGGUCAUGAAGAAUAUCUUGAAGACUUUAAGGCCCAGAUGUCUACUCAGGAACACCUGAUACACAAGCUCCAUCAACAGCUCCAGGAGGUCACUCUUUCCCAAGAAGAGACCCAAGCCAAGGUGGUGGAGCGCGAGUCCAAGAUCCAGGAGCUGCAGAACAUGAUUACAGAGCUGCAUCAGGAGAUCUCCCUGAAGGAUGAGGAGAAACUGAUGCAGCUGAAUGAGGUGCACAGGCUGGAAGGCAGAGUCAAGGAGCUGGCCCAGGAGGUAUGGAAUGCAGAGGAGACCAUUAGCCAGCUCAGGAAGGAGGUGGCUGGCACUGCGACUGGAGUGCGCAACACUGUGCUGGGCAGAAGUGUGGGUGAUGAGCAGGUCUCGUCAAGCCAGGACUUCCAGUCAUCCCUGUGGAGAGGGACGGAGCUGCUGAAGACUGAGCUGUCGCAUCGGGAUGCUACGAUCCAGAAGCUCCGCAGAGACGUUCUAGCGUCUCAUCAGGCCCGGGAUUCGCUGUGUGCUGAGUUGGACGUCCAGGAGCAGAGGAUUUCUCAGCUGCAGAGGGAGCUGCAGAAGAGCCAGGCUGAGCUCCAGCAAGGACAGAGCCGUGCCCAGCAGCUGCACAGGGAUUUGCACACAGCGGGGCAGCAAGGAGAGGAACUCCGCAGACAGUUAGCUGAGGUGACCGGUCAUCUGGAGCAGUUGAAGGAAGAGAACAACACUCUGAGGGGAUGUAAGCUGGAGCUCAGUGAUGAGGUUGAAAGGCUGGCGGCCGCGGUGUGCUCUCUGCAGAGAGCUGCUGAAGAGAGAGGGGCCUCGGAGGCUCUGGAGGCUGGGCGGCGCUGCCAGGGCUUGGAGAGCCAGCUUUCUGAGACCCGAGCCCAGCUCGCCCACUGCCAGGACAGAGCGCGAAGGCUGCAGGAUGAAGCACGAGCUGCCUGCAAGAGGGCAGAGGAGAGAGAGGUCUUUUUCCAGGCUGAGGUGUCCAGUCUGAAGACUGACAGCAAAGAGCUGGUGGAGAGGAAGUCUGAGCUGCAGUCCCUGCAGAGGGCCUAUGAAGACUUGCAGGUUCGAGAAAGUGACCAGGAGAGAGAGCUCAGUACCCUGCACACCCAACUGAACCACGCCAGGGAGGAGCUGCACAGUGUCACUUACAAGUGCACACAGAGGGAGACAACCGUGCUGGAGCUGCUGGAGGAGAAGCAGAGGCGGGCAGAGCUGUGCGCUGAGCUUCAAGCAGAGGUGGAGCGUGUGAAAGCCCAGCUCCACAGAGAGAGUGAGGGCCUGGAGAGAGAAAGGCAGGAGCUGCACAGGAAGCUAAUCCAACAGGAAGAAGAAACUGAAAAACUGAAGCAAGACCACAUACACCUCAGGGACAAGAUCACAGCUGCAGAGCGCAAGGCUGAGCAGAGUGGAGCUCGGGCUGCAGAGCUCCAGAGGCAGCAGGAGGAGAGCAGCCAGCGGCACAGGGAGCUGGGGGAGAGGCACCGCGCAGCUGCGGAGGAGCUGACCCAGCGAGACAGAGAGCUGGGACAGCUGCGCGCGGAGCUGGCCGCCGCCGAGGCAGCCCGGCACGAGGCUCUGCGGAGCAGCCAGCUCCAGGAGGAGCAGGUCCAGAGACUGGGAGCUGAAAACCAGAGUUACCAGGACAGGCUAGGGGAGCUGCAGGCCAAGCUGUGGGAGAAGGAGGAGAGGCUGGCUGCCCUAGGUUCAGAGGCUGCCUCUCUCAGGGCAGAGCUGCAGGCUCACGGCAGUGAUGCUGAGGCUCUCCGCCAGCAGCUCCACACCUCCCAGGACGCACUGCAGCACGUCACCGCAGACUUGAGAGCAGCCAGGAGAGAGGCAGAGGACCAGGUGGCUCAGAGUGAGGACAGGAUUGCAGAGUUCCAGGCUGACAUGGCUCAGCUUCAACAGCAGUAUUCUACCUGCUACAGUCAGCUGGUACAGGAGGAGGAGAGCACUGCGAGGUUGAAGGCAGAACUGCAAGACAUUGCAGAGCAACGGGACAGACUGGCCUCUCAGGUCUCAGAGCUCAGUGCGGAGACUCAAAGGCUCCAUGCUGAGCUUGGGCUGAUCACUGAGAAACACAGGGCAGCACAAGAGGAGGUGGGCAGUAGGGAUGACGCAGUCCUGAAACUCACAGCUGAGCUGAAGAUCAUCCAGGAGAACCUGAGAGCUUCUGAAGAGGAGCUAACAGUAAAGGGUUCAGAGGUGCAAAAUCUGUCCAGGAAGAUGAAAGACCUGCAGAGUGAUAUGAGGACCCUGCAGGACAUCCUGAGUCAGAAGGAGGUUGCUAUGAGCCGGCAGGAGCAAAACUUGGCUGAGCUCCAGCAGGAAAGAGAGAGACUCCUCACACAGAGCGAAGACCAGGAGAGGGCACUGUCCCAGCUGCAGGGCGAACUGCAGUGCUGCCGCACCGAGAUGAGGGAGCAGGCAGAGAGGGGCGAAGGAGAAGUGGCCAGGCUGCGAGGCGAGCAGGAGGCCUGUCAGAGGGAGCUGCAGGACACACUAGGCCGCCUGCAACAGUACCGCGCCACAGUGGACCGGCUCAGCACCGACCUGGAGCUGGCCCAGAGACUGCACAGGGAAGUGGAGGAGGAGGUGUCCCAGCGUGAGAAGCGUCUGCGAGAUCAGGACUCGGAGGCGGCUCGCCUGCAGACGGACCUGCAGGAGAGGGUGUCGGAGGCGGCGGCGGCCAAGGCCCACUGUCAGUCGCUGUCGGACUCGCUAGACGUGUACAAGCAGAAGUACCAGACCUGUCUGGCUAAGGUGACAGACCUAGAGAGCACGCUGCAGGCCAGGGAGGAGGAUCUGAAGGAGUCAAGAGCACAGGUGUCAGAGCGUGACGAUGAAAUCCUGAGGCUGCGGGCAGAGGCCAUGGUGCUGCACACAGACCUGGAAUCUCAUUACACCCAGCUGGAAAGCAGUGAUGAGGCCAUCAGCACCCUGAGCCAGCAGCUGCGGGACACCCAGAGACAGCUGGAGGACAGUAGCAAACACAGCAAGGAGUGCGAACUGGUUAUCCACACGCUGAGAGACCAGACAGCAGCACUGCAUGCCCAGUUGGAGGAGCAGGAGGAGAUGGUGGUGAAGAUUCAGACUGAUUUCUCCGCGUACCGAGCGACACAUGCCCAUUCUGACUCUGAGUACGAGGCACAGCUCUCACACAUCGAGCUGCUCAAACAGGAACUGUCCUGUGCUGUGGAACAGUGUGCUCAGGGCUCCCAGCAGCUCAGCGAAUGCCAGGCGGCUCUGCGGCAACUCAAGGAGGAGUUGUGCAAGCUGUCAGAGCAGAGGACCAACAGCAUGAAAGAGGUGCUGAAGCAGGAGGAGCUGGUGAGGCAGCUGCGCGCGGAGGUGGGAGCCGCGACUCUGAGGAGGCAGGUGGAGGUGGAGGCACUGGAGCAGUCCAUAGCCAGGCUGGAGGAGGACCUCAGGGAAGCCAACCGGCUGUUGGCCCAGAAGGAGCAGGCCGUGCAGAAGAGGGACGAUCUUUUGAGGAAAUCAGAGGCAGAUCUGAUGGACGCUCGUGAGCUGAUCAGAGGGAAGAAAACAGAGGUUGAGCGGAAGGCAACAGUGGUAAAAGGCCUUGAGGCUGAUAUCCAGAGGCUGAGACGCGAGAGCCGACAGAGACAAAGUGAGAGAGCCGCCCUGCAGGCUGAAGUGCUGCAGCUCAAGGAGGACUUGAAGGAAGUGCACACCCAGUUCAGGGACACAGCCCAGCAGCUGGCACGCCAGGAGGAGAAGGUGGUGCUCGCGGAGGGGGGGCAGCACCGGGCCCAGGAGCAGCUGGGCGAGCGGGUGGCGGAGGUGGUGCGCCUGGAGCAGACCCAGAGGAGGCUGCAGGCUGAGCUCCGGAGAGUGAAGGAGCGGCUUGCGGACGCUGACCAGGAGAUAGAGGAUUACAGGAGCCUGAUGGAGCGUCUGAAGGCGGAGGUGAGCGACUGCAGGCAAGCCCAGCACACCACGCAGCAGGAGGAAUCCAGGCACCUGCAAGGGGUGCAGAAGCUGGAGGGGGAGCUGGCCAGAAGCAAGGAGCACAUCAAGACUCUGCAACAACAGCUCCACGAGCAGGUAGAGACAAGUCGGGCACUGCGGGUAGAGCUGGCACAGGAACAGACCAGACAGCACGGGCAGCAGCGCAGCCUGCAGAGUGCCAGGGAGAGAGAGAGUGAAUUGGAGAAGGAGAGUGAAGACCUAAGAAAAGCUCUGCUUGCCACACAGCAAAAGCUAAAGGAUGGCGAAAAACAGAUCUGCAGCCUACAGGAGCACAUGUCUGAGCUCCAGAGCACCUCCCAUGGCCUGCGAGAGGAACAUGCAGCCAGCCAAACCCAGCUGCAGCUGUCCAGGAGGGAACUGGAGGCAGCACAGAAUCAAAACCAGAGACAGAGUCAGGAGGUGGCCAGAUUGGAAGAAAUGGUGUCGAGGCUGAAGGCACAGCUUGAGGCAGCCCAGGAGAGUGGCAGACAGGCAAUGCGAGAGACAGCCGCAGCAGAACAGAAAGCUCACGAUCUGAGGCUGGAGCUGACCUCUGCCCAGGGCGCACACAAGGAGAACAUGGAGCAGCUGAGCACCCGGAGCUAUGAGUUGGCAUGCCUGCGCAAGGAGCUGUCCCGCUCUCAGCAGCGCGAGACCCAGCUGGCUCAGGAGCACACGGCCCAGGAGAGCAGGCUUGCCCAGCUGGCCGCAGAGCUGCACAGCCUGCGCAGCCUCAGCAGACACUCACAGGAGGAGGCUCGCACCUACGAGGGGCGACUGUCAGAGCUCAGUGCCCAGCUGGCCGUCGCUCAACGCUGGGGGCAGGAGCAGCUGGCAGAACUGGAAUCCAGAGAGGAGGGAAUGGUGGUCCUCAAAGUAGAGCUUGCGUCACUGAAGGAGAAAUACCACGCCAAGGCCAAGCAGAUUGAUGCCUUACACUCAGAACUGGACUUAAUGAAGCAGAAGUAUGAGGCGGCAGCUAACGAGGUGCAGGUGCUGCGCCAGUCACUGGGAAACGCUCGAUCAGACAGCUCCCGUCUCCACCGUGAGAGUGAACUGGUCGUGUCCAACGUCAACCAGUGGGUGAAGGAACAGAAGCAAGCUAAUGAAAAACUGGGAAACAAGAUUAAGGAGCAGAGCAAACAGAUAGUCCACCUAAUGGCUGAGAAGGACCACCUACAAGAAAGCAUGGAGGGCCUGCAGAGAGAGAACAGGAAGCUGAAAGCUGAGGUGGACGAGAGAAGGAUGGAGGUGGAGAGGUUUAGGGCACUUCAGGCCAGUCAGUCAGACCAGUGCAGUGCCUUAACACGCUUACGGAGCCAACAGCCAGACCCGGAAGACAGGCUGCAGGGCUGGCUGAGAGCACAAGAGCUAAGUAAGAGUUCUAGUGGGGAGGUAGCUACAGCCCUUUUUAAUAAUAAUCAGACCACCCCGCACAACAAGAGGGACGUUAAGCAGUCGAGGGGCUCUGAAGAAGAAAGCUCUGGCUGCCAACCUGGGCUGCAGUUAGACCAUCACAGAGGGGCUGACGUCCUGCCCAUACCAAGCCCUGGUCAACCUCAGAGAGGGGCAGUGGCCAGAACAUGCCCCUGAGAAGACAGUGCUGCACACUGGCCUCCAGCUGAACUCUUGUUGAACAGGCCAGAGAUAAUUCACACACAUCGUGCCUUACUGGAGAGCCUCAGACUCACUGAACUUAAGCCAGAUGUGUUUUUUGGUAUCGUUUAAACAAUGAGCAUUAAAAAAACACACAGGA